CACGUAAAUAGAAUGUAAAACAAUGAUUUCAUUUUUAUAUGUUUUAGGUAAUUGUGAAUGGCAAAAGCUCGAAGCCUCAUAGCCAGCCUUCCAAAAAGAGAAAAUUCAAUAGCAGUAUCAAUGAAUUUAUGUAUAAUUCAAGGGAUGCAAUUCCUAGAAAAGAUCAUUUUACAAGAAACUCCUCAAAAGCCAAGACAAGUCAUUACAGUGGAGCUGUUUCAGUUGAUGAAAGUGUCUCUGGUAUGCAAGACACUUCAAUGAAAUCCUUACGAAAGGAUGAUGAUUUGGACAAUGCAGUGGGAAGCCUUUCAGAGCCAAGAAGGAGCUCAAGGCAAAGAAGAGAGGUGUAUGGAACAUUGAAUGAGAAACUGUUGGUUUGGAAUAAAGGGAAGGGAAGCAAAUCUGAGGAUGGAAAAGAGGACACAGACCGAUCGAUGUACGAUUUUGUAAAGCAAAGGAAGCGAAAUGACACUGAGCAGGACGAAAAUGAUGAAGAAGAAGGUGAUGAGGAAGAUGACAGUGAAGAUGACGAAGAAGAUGAUGAUGACGACGAUGAGACUGAAGAGCAGGAGGAAGAUCAGGGCAGUCAAGAAAGACCAUACUCAUUUAGAGAGCGACGGCCAACAACCAGGAGAUACUGUGCACCACCUAUAGCAGUAAAAUCAAGAAGAAGCGAGGCACUUUACAAUGCUGUACCACAUAGCCCUAUGCAUAAACGAAGGCAUCGCAAAAUGCCACAGCACGGAGGUAGCCACAAGCGAAAACACUAUGGCUCAUCUACCUCGUCAUCGUCAGGCGAUUCAGACGACGAGCAUCGCUUUGAAAGACGAAAGGCCAAGAGCAUGGCGAAAGCGAGGGCACGCUGCCUUCCAAUGAAUUUCAACCCAGGAGACAUCUUCGGUGUUUUAAAGGAUAGGGAAAGAGCCAAAGAACGGCAACCAAUCGGAUCUAGUCUUGCUGAUGUCGAUCCUAUGAGCAUAGAUAAAGGGGUGACUUUUGAAAGCGUCGGUGGACUUGACAAACACAUACAGUCUCUGAAAGAGAUGAUUGUUUUUCCACUUCUCUAUCCUGAAGUUUUUGAGAAAUUCAAAAUAGCACCUCCAAGAGGCGUUCUCUUCUACGGACCUCCAGGAACUGGAAAAACAUUGGUUGCUCGAGCAUUAGCCAAUGAAUGUAGCAGUGAAGGUCACAAGGUUGCAUUUUUCAUGCGAAAAGGCGCUGAUUGCCUUAGUAAAUGGGUUGGCGAAUCAGAGAGGCAACUGAGGUUGCUUUUUGAUCAGGCAUACUCAAUGCGGCCAUCUAUAAUCUUUUUUGAUGAGAUCGACGGCUUGGCACCCGUGCGUUCAACGCGGCAAGAUCAAAUCCAUAGUUCUAUAGUCUCGACUCUGCUCGCUCUAAUGGACGGGCUUGAUUCGCGCGGUGAAGUCGUAGUCAUUGGAGCAACCAACAGAAUCGACUCCAUAGACCCGGCUCUUCGAAGACCUGGUAGAUUCGACAGAGAAUUCCUGUUUACAUUGCCGAACAGAGUGGCUCGCAGAACAAUUUUAGAGAUUCACACCAGAGAAUGGCAACCCAAAUUGUCCAAAAAUUUCGUCAAUGAACUGGGUGAUCUUUGUGUUGGUUACUGCGGGGCAGAUAUCAAAGCUCUUUGCACUGAAGCCGCCCUUGUUGCAUUGAGGCGUAGAUACCCUCAAAUUUAUGGAACAAACAAAAAGCUAGUUCUCGACAUUGACAACAUCCGGAUUACGCUCAAAGAUUUCCAGAAUGCAAUGGGAAAAGUCGUCCCGGCCUCGCAGCGAUCAGUUGUCUCUCCAGCAAGGUCACGGACGAUAAUGAAGCCAUUGCUAGAAUCGACGCUGGAAAGUGUAUUACGCAAAAUCCGAGCCUUUUUUCCUCCUGCUAACCCGGUCAACGAUGCAAACUCGACUUGUUCCUCGUCCAAGAAUCAGGGAAUGCCUUUCAACCUUGACGUAGACACAUCAGAUGAAGAUGAAAGCGACCUUCCAAGCAUUUACGAGCCAUUAUCAUACGGGCGAUCAACACGAGCGACACAAAGAGCCAGUUCCCCUCAGAUUGAGAAUAGGAAUUUUGUAGAUAUUAUCGAAAGAUCGCAGAUGAGAAAACUAUCUCAUCGUGCAAGGUUUCUUAUCACAGCUAAUGAGGGUAUGGGCCAAUCAACGCACCUUGCUCCAGCUAUAUUGUACAGUAUGGAGCACCUGAAGGUUUAUGUCCUCGAUUUGCCUUCUCUUUUUGGCGUGUCUGCGAGAGUCCCUGAAGAGGCUUGUGCCCAAAUUUUUACCGAAGCAAGAAGAACUGCACCAUGCGUCAUCUAUCUACCCCACAUCGAAACCUGGUGGAGUUCAAUAAGCGACACUUGCAGAGCGACUUUCCUCACACUCCUCGAUGAUUUCCCAGCAUCAUUGCCCGUGAUCUUGCUGUCUACAAGUAACUGCACGUUCGCAAAACUACCAAGCAGGGUUAGAGACCUGUUCUCCCCACUAUAUGAAGAGAUUUUCGAAGUAGCUGAACCUACGGACGAAAAGCGGCGUUUAUUUUUCAAUGAUUUGCUGCUCAAGAGUGCAAUGGAACCAACUUUACAGCAGAGGCCUUCAAAGCCUCGUAGACCGUUGGAGAUUUUGCCAGUCGCUGCACCUCCUCCAAAGCGACAGCUGUCAGAUCAAGAACUCAAAAACCUGCGAGAAAUGGAGGAGAAUACUCUUCGCGAGCUUCGAUUGUUUUUACGUCAGAUUGCAUGGAAACUUAUGGCUGACAGGAAAUUUAAGGAGUUUAUGAAACCAGUAGAUUUAGAAGAGGUCCCUGAUUAUUACGAGGUGAUCAAGGAGCCCAUGAAUCUCUCAACGAUCAUGACCAAGAUAAACGCACACAAGUAUGUUUCAUGUGCUCAAUUCCUAAAAGACGUCGAUCUGAUUACAAACAAUUGUUUGGAGUACAACCCGGACCGGGAUACCUACGACCGACUACUGCGAAACCGCGCUUGUGAGCUGAGGGACACGGCCCAUGCCAUGAUCUGCGCUGACCUUGAUCCAGAGUUUGAAAAAAUGUGCGAAGAUAUUCACGAAUCCAGACAAAAACGAAAUGAAUCUGAGGAGAUAUUUGCUCCUUCGUAUAUUCGCGUGCUUCAGAAGAACGCUCUGCCUCUUCGAGCCACCUCCGCAGCAGCAUCCGGCAAAUUCACUGGUUCAGAGGCUGGUGAUGAACAGAAAACUUCAGCCGAUGCAAUUCAAGGCUCUAAGGAUCCUAAGAAGAAACACGAUAACAUUACCCCUGAAAAACCGACCCGCCAGAGUCGAAGGCUGAGGGGGGAGGAGUCAGUGGACAUUCCAUCGUUUUCUACACCUAUUGAGAAAAUUAUACGCUCGCCUGAUGGUAGAAGACGCAGAGGCCGAAAGUCGGACAGCAGCAAAAGUCACGAUGAAUUAGAUUCUUCCGAUGCGAAACCAGCUGACGAUGAGAGCAAAAUCGAAGGUUUGGAGGAAAACUGUAUUGAUGCAGAUAAAAUUGAUGGAGUUGAAAAACUUGAUGAGUCGAUGGAAGCUGAAGAUGGCACUGUGAAGGAGGAGAAAGACGCAAGUCGUGUCCGUGCGCCUGGCGAAGAGAAAUGCCCCGAAGAAGAAUCGUUUGUGAUUUUAAAGCGGGUGGAAGAUGCAAAUAGUGAAGAAAAAAAGGGGUUGCCGAAAGGAGUUGAGCAGAAUCAUGUUAUUGGGGAGCAUUCAACGUUGGAAAAUGAAAACGAAAAUGGGGCUGAACUACCUGCAAAUGUUUAUGGGAAUGCGAUGACGUCAUCUACGCCAAACCCAAGUGACAGCAUGCCGAUUGCAGAGAACCAUCCAAAAAUUCAGUUUGGCAAUAAUCGUGAAAUGGAGGAACAGAAUAGCAUUUUGGAGCAAGAUAUUCAAAGCCAAAAGGAAGCCUUGGAAAAUCUUCUCGAUCGCCUUGUUGAAGCUACUGACUCUGCAAAUAUCAGCUUCCUGGAGAAAACAUACUUUAGCGUCAACAAUCUGAUUUAUAGGAGCAGGAAGAACCCAGACAGAUCUGUGUUGCUAGCCGAGCUCGAUCGUUUCAUUAAGAAACUUGCUGCCGAAAGAUAAUGAAACAGGACAUGUUGAAAAUAUUUUUGUAUCUACUUAAUUUAAGAUUUUCUUGUGACAAUUUUCUAUUGGUGAUGUUUCAAUCAUCGGCCGUUUUUAAAUGAUUUUAUUCGCUCAUCACCCAGUGUUAUACUAUAAGUAUUUUGAUAAUAUAAGGCUCUGUUGCACCAUUAAUUUUCAAGUCCACGUUGCUGCUAAAUUACCUUCAACAAAAGAUUUAUGUAAACAUAUAGACAAGCAUCUUUGGCACUCUCGAUAUGAUGUAUUAAUUUUUGUAAUUCUAUUAAUGAUUCUCGUCACAUCCGCUCUUGAGAAUCUUUCCACUGCCAAAGCCUUUAUCUUUUUUUAACCCUGAAGAUAUCGAAGAGACUCCUAACUUUAAGUUGCAUUUAAACGCCUAGAUAUAAACUAUGCUAUCGGUCAAAUCGUUCUCAAUUCUCAUUUUUCUUUCCAAGCGUCUCCUUCUUUAAGUUCAAACCACUUGGAACUGCAGCUGCUGGUUGUUUUCCCAAAGUGACCCAAUUUCUUUCGUCUAGCGUUAAUUUAUACGUUACCAAUUAUGCCAAGGAAACAUUUCUCCAGUUUCCAGUUAUAUGUUGUUCCUCACAUUUAAAUCCGCUUUCUGACCACUGCUCAAAACAUCUUUCUGUAUACUUCUUUCUCAUCGUCUAAUUUCUAUUAAAGGGGGCCAUUGUUAUCCUUGAACAUUCAAGCUAAUCGCAGUGUCAACAGUGAAGCGACUGAAGAAGUCCUUAAAAUUUCGGAAGACCAUUUUAACAGUCAGUGAAUCUUUUAGAAACUAGUUGAAUGUAGAAUUCUGCUUUAGGUUCAUUUAACGCGGUUUGUAGCUUUUUUCCAAUGCCUUUUUGCGAGUGGCCUCCGUUUAAUUAUAAGAACCUAUAUUUUUCGAAAGGUUUUCAGUAAAUCAUAAAAGCUCGACUUGGAUUAUUCCCUUCAUAAGCUAGAACGUGAAGUAAGAUAAAUUUUUCCAAGUUGGAGUGUGAUUACUAUAUGUUAAAUAUAAUGGUCUGUUUGGUGCCCUGACCUCCAUGUUGAUUUAUAUUGCAUAGGUUUGUCCAGCAAUAAUAUUGGCUGCUUCUGCAGCUAUAAGGAUGAAAAUUUUGUAUAAGUCUUUAAAAGAAAGCUGUUAAAUGUGCUCUGUUGUUUAAUAUGAAGAUUGAAGUUUAAAUGUUUCUUACGUUUAUCAAAAUGAUGUAUAAAUAAAACAUUAUUUCAUAAAGUUCCUAUUUGAAAAA